AAAUUUUUCCGUAAGGGAAACUAACGGUAUAAUUACUUAUUAACAUGUUUCGAUACAGAACAUCCAUCUCUUAGAAAAAUUUAGAUUAGAAAAAUUUUCAUUAUGUAGAAAGGUAGAUAUUACAAGCACCAGUUUCCUGUCAAAUAAGCAACAGAGAGAGAAGAUAUUAUUGUUGUUUCGAACGGGGUAGAAUGGAUGGAGAAAGGGUGUCACGAGCUACGGACGAAUCAAUCAUAAAAUUUUUCGUUUGAUUGAAAAUCUGGUAUUAGUCAACAUAUCCGAUUCGAUGUGAUGCGAAACUGUGAUAUCUGUUUAAUUUUUGUGCGACUAUUGCGCAAGCUCGCACACAGCGUGGAUACGAGUGCUGCUGGGAAAACUUGGUUGGUUGUUAAACACACUCGAUACUUGACAAACAAUGGGUCUGUUUGGAAAGGAUAAAACACCUAAAGAUCAGGUACGAGAAUGGAUUUCGAAGCUACGGAAGGAGACAUACCAACUCGAUCGGCAGAUUCGAAAUAUUCAACGCGAGGAGGAAAAGAUCAAGAAAAGUCUCAAGGAGGCUGCAAAAAAGGGCGAUAGAGAUGUUUGCAAUAUUCUAGCAAGAGAAGUGGUCCGAUCGCGCAAAGCCAUUGCUCGAAUACAUGUUUCGAAAACACAAAUCAACUCAGUGAUCAUGGGCAUCAACCAUCAGCUCGCUACCCUUCGUGUUGCUGGAUCGCUGCAGAAGAGCACGGAUGUGAUGAAGUCCAUGCAGUCGCUAGUGAAAGUUCCCGAAGUUGCACAGACGAUGCAAGAACUCUCGAAGGAAAUGAUGAAAGCUGGCAUCAUUGAAGAGAUAAUGCAAGACACAUUAGAUGAAACACUUGAUAACAAUGAGGAAAUGGAGGCAGAGGCCCAGGAGGAAAUUGACAAAGUCAUAUUUGAAGUUACCGCAGGAGCUUUAGACACGGCUCCAGCCGCGGUUCACGGAAAUUUAGAAGAGCCUGCCAGUUCUUCAAAGGAGGAAGAGGAUCUCGCAGCGCUUGGAGAGCGUUUUCAAGCUCUGAAGAGCUAGGGUUUUCAAGGCGUUGUGCCCCUGCACGCCAACUUUGUGUUUGACGAGCUUUGCAAGUGUGUUUACUUUUAAAGAGUUGUAUCUUAUUUUCCUUACACUAGGACCAACGUGUUUGGUAUACAGCAUUGAAGCAUUGAAUACAACGAUGAAGAAGACCGCUAAUGUUUAACUGUAAAAAGAGGGGAUAUAGUACGCCGAGGAUGGUUGCAAAGCAUACGGUUUGGUUGCUUCUGCUUUUCAUAUUUUUGAGCAUGGCACAAGUUGUCUUUUAUUGUUUUUUAAGUUAUUUUAGUGUAAUGUUAUCCCAAGAUCCUAAACUAAGCAAGUUUGUCUAACUGAUUAGAAUCUUUGCAUCAUUGGUCAAGCUCCUGAUGGGAGUUUUGGAAGCUACAUCACAGAUAAUUGGGGUAACUCACUUCUUGAUUUGCGAUGUACAUCGAUUUCUGCCUUUUAAUGAGAUAAUUUCUAAUGUAAUCGUUGAUAAUGAAGAAUAAUCAUAGUGUUUUUUCAAACUAGUUUUUCCAUUACCUGUUUUUAACUGCGGCUCUUUAUGUAGGGUUUUAAUUUAUAACUCGUUGCUUGACGCGACCAGGAGAUGCUCAAGCAGUUUCCGCUCAUCCGUGCCUUACCUUUUUAAACUAUUUCUUUACCAAACCUGACGCUUCACUUAAGGUUUCGGUCUAUAUGUCGUUUGCAUAUUUUCCUCCAGGUAGGCACUCAUCACGUCGAACUCAAAUUAAGAAUAUCGUUUGCUUCUGUCGAUUGCUACACCUUUUAUGCAUGUCCUACGCACUUAUGGAACACGUACACGUUUAACAUGAAAGUUAUUUUUAUAUUGAACGCGUAGUGUUUUUUUCUGCAAACUGUAUAUGGAACUUCGACUGCCAGCGUGUUGCAUAUUUGAUUUGAACCAGUAGAGCUUAGCUGAAGCUGGCCUAUCCCUGGCACAGAUCCUGUCAUCCGCUUUCUCAUAGGACAUUUUGCUGUAUCUAUCUAAUGUGGUUUGCCAAAGCAACCCUACAUGGAAUCUGUUAUAGUUUUUACGAGAAUUCUAAUAAAUCGGUGAUACGACCUGUAACUUAGCGACACAUACUGGGUCUUACACUUGCGGUACCAAUAUUUAUUCUUCUCAUAAAAACGAAUAUUUUCA